GGAAGCCGCGGGUAGUUAGUCCUAGUAUAGACAUUGUGUACUUUUUCAGUUUAUUGCAUGGUUUACAGGCUAAUAGUUUUCAACCAAUGAAAAUACAGUAUUAACAUUUACGACCCGUCCCAAAGUCGCAAUUUUUUAGGUAGCCAGAAAGCCAUUUUCUUGCUGGUGAAAGACUAGAACUGCUAAAUCUGCAUUAAGAAAAACGACGAAAAAGAUAAUAUAUACCGAAAAGUUGAGCUAGGUAUCACCUAGAACAUUCCAAAUAGCUAGCUAGCUAACAUUGAAGAAAUUUUAAAUUUUGGUGGUGUUGAACUGAAUUAUAGGUUCGACAACCGUGACUCGGCAGAGUAUAAAAGAGAAGAAACUCGACAGAGUAUAAAAGCUAGUUACUCAGAACAUUCAGAUAUUCAGAAUUAAUUGAACUUACUGAACCUUGAACUUGAAUUUACUUAUCGGUGAACUUAAUAGUGAACUUAUCGGUGAAUUAAGUAGUGAAUUUAUUGGUGAAAUUACAAAACGGAGGUUUCUCUAGCUUUUAAGAUUUUUUUUUCUCGAUCACACGUUACCACCGCUAAUAUGAACCUCGCAUAUAAAAGCUGUCGCCGUAUGGUACUUUUACUUUCUGGUGAUGUUGAAACUAAUCCGGGGCCUUGCACUAUUCUAAAGACGAUACAGGGAUCUUUUCAUCAAGGGGAUGUUAGGCUUGGAACUUUUACUGGUACACAAUGUAUGUGUAAUUCCCUGUUUGCGAUCGUUUGGUCGGCUCUUAAAAAAGUUUCUUUUUGGAAUCCAGGUGAUCUUGAUCAUAUCCUUUCCGAAGGAACAAAGUGGUACACAAACCUAGGAUACACAAACCAGUACUUAAGCGCAAGUGAGCUCCCAAAUAGUUUGGUUCUUGAAAAUGAGGUCAUACAAAUACAAAGUUUAGAAAAUGUUUCUCAUAUUAUUACAGACGAUAGCACUUCAUUACGCACUUUUCAUAAUUCAUCUGAUUCCGAUAAAGGGCAAGAAAUGCUGGGCAUUAUUAGCGGUGUUAGUUUUGCUAUAGUUUGGGACCACCCGCAAAUUUAUUUAUUUGAUCCUCAUAGCCGAACUAGUUAAGGACAAAUAACAGAACAGGGUACGUCAGUCCUUUUAAAAUUUGAUUCAUUGCAACAUGUUGAAAGCUACAUACGCGAAAUAUACGUCACCCCUGGCGAAGCAUUGUGUCUUGAAACUCAAUAUUUCAAAAUACUCACAACUAAACAGAUAACUGGUAACAUUAUGCUUAACAUUCGCAGAAAAAGAAAACUAGAACAAAACAGGAAGUACCGUGAAUCCGAGAGAGGCCGAGUGAAACAAAAAAAUUCAAUAGGCAAAUAUCAGAAAACGGAACACGGCCAAGCUAAGUUGAGCGAGUCGAUAAGCAAAUAUCGGAAAACGGAACAGGGACAAGCUAAGGUAAAAAAAAGUCGAUAGG